GUUGGAACGACGUCCCCAACGGCGUGAAUCCUGCGCGGGUGUACCGCUUUCGGCAGGAGCCGACAGCGGCCGAGAAGCACGUCUUCCUUCGUGAUGCUGAGCUACUGGCCGAUCAUCGCUGCCGCAUCGUGGCCGCCACGAUUGGUCGCCCCGACCUGCUCACGGCGCCAGGCUUCCGCGCGCUGGUGCCAGGCGGGCCAGGCGGCGCGCCCGCCGCUGCGGGAGGCGCGGCGGCUGGGCCUGCGGCGGCUGCUGGGCCUCGCCCGGGGGUGCUGCAGGGCGUGGCGCCUCAGGCGGCCGCGGCGGACGCUGGCACGCGCUGGCGGGCGGCUCAGUCUCUCGGGGACGUGCGGUACGGCGACGAGGUGCCAGGGCACGUGGCGACGGCAGCUGCGGUGCGCGGGCGCGACCUCCACAUUCUCGCUGACGGGGCCGCCCUGUUCGUCGAGGAGGUGCCGGCGGCGGAGUUGGAGGUCUUCAUGGGGCGCGCUGUGGCAGCAGACGCUCGCGUGAUGCCCGUGAUGCGUACGGGAGCCCGCCGCAAAGUGACGUGGGCGGUCAUGGCUGCGCGCGUUCGUGAGGAGGACUUCGGGCGCGACUGGCUGGUGACGGGCCCGCGGACGACGUUCUGGUGCAUCGAGUUCAUCAACAAUGAGGGGAUGGGCAUCGACGGCCAUCACGAUAGGUUUCGGGCGGUGGCGAAGCUCGAGCCGACGCAGUGGGGCGUGCAAGAGCACUUCCACUGCACGCAGUACAUCCGCCUGCUGUUGCUCUCAGACAAGUGCGACGGCACGAACUUGCAGGCUUGCGAGGCGACCGGAGGGCGCCUUCGCAUGGUCAAUUCGAACGCUCUUCCCUUGGUCGUGAUGAGCCCGCACGUCUGGUUGCUCGCAAUCCUCUUCCUCUGCCAGUACCGCCAGUCUCAUCUGUAUGUGCUGACAGUGGUGGAUUUUUGUCGCGAGGUUGCCGUCAGCGGGUUCAGCAGCGUCACGCUCGCGAUCUCGACGUUCGGAGGGCGGUUGUCGCCCUUAAUUCACUGCAUCGCUCUCCUGACGUUGUGCCGGGCGGAGAGGGCGUCGACACCUCGGAAGCUCUGCGGAGGCUUCGAGCGCCUGGCUUCUACGGCUCCGACGGACGUGAAGCUGGGGAACUACAAUCCCGAUCUGCUCUCGCUGCCGUCCGUGGGGAGCCAUGCGGCUCCGCUCGCGGACUUGUGGGGCGCAGGCGGGCGCAGGCGCGUCGCGGAGUUCGUCCGCGAUAGUGUGCUACCCGCGGGACCGGCGCUGGAGAGGAGGAAGAUGUGCGGCGUGAGG